AUGGACGAAGAAUACGACUAUAUCAUUAUUGGUGCAGGAAUUGGUGGUCUGGUCCUGGCCAACCGGUUGAGUGAAGAUGCGGAAGUCAAGGUCCUCCUCAUUGAGGCCGGCCCCAAUCAUAUCGGAGAUCCGUUCAUUGACACACCCGGUCUUUUGUCCACACUAUAUGGAAACCCGGAUUAUGACUGGGACUACAUGAGUGUCCCGCAGAUCCAUGCGAACAACCGACAAAUCGGACAGCCCCGUGGCCGCGUCGUUGGCGGCUCUUCCGCCUUGAACUUCUCGGUGGUCAUGUACCCCACCGCAUCCAACUUCCAGGCAUGGGAGGCAUUGGGAAACCCCGGCUGGGAUGCAAAAAGCAUGGCUCCCUACCUUCGGAAAUUCCACACUUACUCUCCCCCGAGCGAGGCCACGGCAGAGCUCCUCGGUACAGCUCGGUAUAUGGAUGUAGCAAAACAAGGAUCGACCGGUCCGGUCCCUGUCUCUCUACCAGACGUGUUUGGGCCGUUCAACAAGGCAUGGGACGAGACAUUUGCCGAGCUGGGCUGGCAAACGGAUGCCGACCCCAUCGAGGGCCGGAAACUGGGCGCUUUUACGUCCCCUCUGACAGUGGAUGCUGAGAAGGGAAAGCGAGGAUACGCGGCAGCAUACUAUUCCCCCGAGGUGGCCGCACGGCCGAAUUUGCGCCUGAUGGCGGAGAUCAUGGUGCAGAAAGUCAUCCUUGCCGAAGAGGAAGGGGAGGUGGUCGCGAAGGGCGUGCAGGUCGAGACUUGGAAAGGUAAAUUCGAAGUCCAGGCAAAGAAGGAAGUCAUCGUCUGUGGAGGCAGUCUGAAUACUCCUCAGAUUCUCGAGCUCUCUGGAAUCGGUAACGCGGAGCUCCUUCGCAAGCACGAUAUCCCCGUCGUGAUCGAUAAUCCUGCCGUGGGAGAGAACCUCCAAGACCACGGUAUCACGAGCAUUAACUUCGAGAUCGCCGAUGGUCAGAUCUCGGGAGAUAUCAUGCGUGAUCCUGCCGUGGUUGAGUCAUUAAUCAAGCUCUACGAGCAGACACAUACAGGCCCUCUAGCUGGUAUGCCAAUUAGCAUGGCCUAUCUUCCUUUCGUGGAUGGCAAGGGUGUCGUCCCGAAAGAAGAAGUCGAGAAGCUCCUCUCAAAAUACCUUGACCAAGACGAUAUCCCUGCCAACCUGCGCGCACAGUAUUCUCACCUCCGCAAUAUUAUUCUUGAUACCCAAGAUGCAUCAUCGCAUUUCCUCUUCCUUCCCGCGCAACUCCACAUGAACCCGGGCAAGACUACGCUCUCUGAAGUCCUGGAGAAAAAGUUGCCUGAGAACUAUGUCUCCAUCAUGAUGCUGCAUAAUCACCCGUUCUCGCGUGGAUCGGUUCAUAUUUCUUCUGCAAGCGCUGAUGAUAAGCCCAUCUAUGACCCGAACCUUCUUUCGCACCCACUUGAUAUCGAGCUCAUGGCUCGGCAGAUGCAGUUUGUGGAACAAAUCAGUACGACUAGACCUUUUGCCGCUCUCCUUAAGCCUGGUAUCCGCCAACCGGAAAAUGCAAGAGAUUUGAGUGACCUGGAGCAUGUUAAGGAGAUUGUCAAGGAGCGUCUGUUUACUUGUUUCCAUCCUGCAGGUUCUUGUGCCAUGUUGCCCAAGGAGAUUGGGGGUGUUGUUGAUUCCAAUCUGAAGGUGUACGGCACAAGGAAUUUGAGAGUUGUGGAUGCCAGUGUCUUCCCUCUUGAGACGAGUGGAAAUAUCCAGGCGACGGUGUACGCUGUUGCAGAGAGAGCGGCUGACUUGAUCAAGGGACAACGUUAA